AUGGAAGCUCCCCCAUUCCCAAAGGUUAAGCUUCCGACGAUUAUUGAACCUUUUGACGGUACUACAGAUCCAGAUGAUCAUCUAUCAGCCUACAAACACCAGAUGUACGUCCAGGGAGUUGAUGACGCUACCUGGUGUAAGAACUUCCCAGCCACACUGAAAGGAGUGGCGCAGAAGUGGUUUAACAAUCUUCCUCCUAACUCAGUGAACAACUUCACUGAGCUUAGUAUAUUGUUUACCAGCCAUUUUGUAGCUAAUCGGCAAGAGCAGAAGCCCAGCAUGCAUUUGGGCAAGGUCGUCCAAGGGCCUAAGGAAGCCUUGAGAAGUUAUGUGAAGAGUUUUAAGUUUGAUUUGGUGAAAAAGAAAAUAUCCACACUAACUGAGGCCCUAAAAGAAGCCGAGGCUUUUAUUCAUGCUACGGAGGUUUGUGCGGAAGCAAAACAUAUGGAGGCAAAGAAAGUUGAAGAGGCUGCUCAGCCAAAAAAGAGUGUUCUCAAGAAAGCUGAAACUUGGGCAAUGACCUCAAUGACGACGACCUCCAAGAGAACCAUGAAAUCUGAACCGGCAGCCUCAGCCGAGCCCAUAGAGUUCAGCAAGGAUCAGUAUUCCAUUCUCAUGGAAAUCAAGGAUCAACAUGAGCUGAAGGCGCCGGCAGAGUUGAAGACGCCCUACAGAAACAAGGACAAAAGUAAGUACUGUCAUUUCCAGAAAGAUUGUGGUCAUGAGACGAAUGAGUGUAAACAUCUGAAAAGAGCGUUGGAAGACUUAGCCCGCAAGGGUAAAAUGAACUCUUAUCUAUCUCAGUCAAGUAGAAAGUUCCAGAAGAGAGACGAUCAUCAUGGAAGAAGAAAAGAUGAUGAGAGCACUGAUGAGGAUGUGGUGAUGGUAAUUUCUGGAGGAUUUGCAGCCGGAGGUCCUACAAAUCGCGGCCACAAAAACUAUUUGAGGGAACUCAGCCAGGUGAUGCUCACCAACCAGGCUAAGGCUGACCCUUUUCCCAAAAUAGUGGUCAGCGAGCAGGACCGGGGGAACAUAAGAACGCCUCAUGAUGACCCAUUGGUGGUAGAGAUGAAGAUUGCCAAUCUUAGGGUACGGCGGAUCCUAAUUGAUACAGGAAGUUCUACCGAUAUCAUCAGUGCGGAUUGUCUAUCAAGGUUGAAGUUUGAUGAAAAUGAGUUAGUGCCCAUCAAUCAUCCUAUUAUUGGCUUCGGCGGAGGAGUCAUUCAUCCCACGGGGACAGUCACUCUACCCGUCAGGGUGGGAGAUAAAGAGGCUGGCCGAACGCUUUUUGUAAAAUUCUUGGUAGUACGAGAUCUGACAGCUUAUAAUAUCAUUCUCCGACGACAUACCUUGAAUCACAUCAAAGCCGUCAUAGUGACUCAUCUGAUGCUUAUGAAAUUCGAAUGUGAUGGUGGGAAGAUUGGAUCCCUUUAUGGAGAUCAGCAGGCCGCGAGAGAAUGCUACCUUACCACCCUAAAACCAUCAUCAUGGAAAGGAGAGAAGUCAGAGAGGCCAAGGGCCAUGGAGGAUGAACCGGUCGAGAAGUUAAAACGCCAGAUAAGCGAAUCAAAGCAAGAAGUAGAAAAAGCACAAAUGAAGCCCCUUCCAGAGAGCAAGUCGUCCAUGAUCUUGCCGAACAAUAAAAGGUGUUUGGCCAUCAAAGAAGAAAAGAAUUCAUCUGAAGAGAUAAUGGCGAUUAUGAGCUUGGGACUAGAACGUCCGGAGCCAGUAGAGAGCCCAGUUGAGGUUUGCCUGAAUCCAGAACGUCCAGAAAGGAUGCUGAAAAUUGGAUCCGUCCUGGGUCCUCAGACCAAGGACGCCUUGGUUACCUUGCUGACAGAAUUUGAGGAUUUUUUGCAUACACUAUUGAGGAAAUGCCGGGGAUUGAUCCCGAAGUCGCUGUGCACAAGUUAA